CUCUGCCUCACUACCUCCCCGGUGUCAUUUUGAAGUCUGAGCUCCAUGUGGCUACUACUACACCGGCAGGUUUAUCGUCACCGGCGAGGACGGAGAUUAAAGUAAAGAGGGAGGGAAGGAGGGAUAACUAGACUGAAAGAGCGCUGCUUAAUAACCACAUGGGCAGAACAUUUAGUACCAUGGAUAUGAGAUGAGAAGGGCGGGCUUGAAUUAGGUGAAAGAGACGCGCUUUUCCAAUUUACCGACCGACUCGCUGAAGAAAUUGUUAUUAUCGGAUCACAAGAACAUUGUUAUACUAUCGGUUUUCCACGCGCAGAAAUGACAACUGAUCAGGAUUUGCCAAUGGAUCACCAGUCAUCCACAGCCCUAUUUGCUGCAAAGGGCAUUGAUGUAACAACCAAUAAAGACCAAGGAGUUAUCAAGGUUAUAAAGCAUCCAGGGGUAGAUGGAGACAGACCCAUGAUUGGGGACAGAGUAACGGUUCACUACACUGGGAAACUGGUUACUGGGAAGAAAUUUGAUUGUAGUCGAGAGCGCAAAGAGCCCUUUUGUUUCAAUGUGGGCAAAGGACAAGUCCUCAGGGCUUGGGACAUUGGUGUGUUGUCCAUGCAGAGAGGAGAGGUGUGCACACUGCUGUGCAAACCCGAGUAUGCUUAUGGAGCUGCUGGAAAUCCUGACAAAAUUCCUCCCAGCUCUUCAGUAGUAUUUGAGAUGGAGCUAAUCAAGUUUGAAGGCGAGGCACUUACAGGCGAUGGUGGAAUUGUGAGAAGAAUAAAGGUCAAAGGGGAAGGUUACACUAAUCCCAACGAUGGAUCAGUUGUUAACGUGCACCUAGAGGGAAGGUGUGGUGACCGACUGUUUGACUGCAGGGACGUCAGCUUUAUUGUUGGUCAGGCUGAAGACAAAAGCAUUCCUCUGGGAGUGGACCGAGCCAUGGACAAGAUGCAGAAAGGAGAGUGCUGUUUACUUUACUUAAAACCAAAGUAUGGUUUUGGAAGCGAAGGCAAACCAGAAUACAAAAUAGGACCAGACAAAGACAUUGUAUAUGAGGUUACUCUUAAAGACUUCCAAAGGGCUAAAGAUUCCUGGGAAAUGGACUUGAAAGAAAAGCUAGAUGUGUCUGCUGAAGUAAAGAAUAAAGGGAAUCAGUAUUUUAAGGCAGGGAGGUAUUACCAGGCAGUCAUCCAGUACCAGCGCAUCAUUUCUUGGCUAGAGAUUGAGUAUGGUACUGGAGAGGUGCAACAGAAGAAGAUACAAGACUAUAUUCUGACUUCCCACCUUAACUUGGCCUUGUGUUUCCUGCGAUUAAAAGAGUUCACACAAGCAGUGGACAACUGCAACAAGGUCAUUGAGCUUGAUGAAAACAAUGAGAAGGCUUUGUAUCGUCGUGGGGAAGCCCGGCUCUGCCGCAAUGAGUUCAGCCUGGCCUUGGCAGACUUUCAGCAAGUGCUGCAAGUCAACUCAGCAAAUCGAGCAGCUCGUGCUCAGAUUUCCAUUUGUCAAAGCAAGAUUAAGGAACAUCACGAAAAAGACAAAAAGACCUAUGCUAACAUGUUCCAGAAAUUUGCAGAACGGGACGCCAAGACUGGGAAGACAAAGAGAAGGCGGGAUGACAGUACGUGGACCAGCUUCAAUGGUGAAGUGAGCAUUAAACAACGACGGAGGAGUCAGGACUGCCCGUCGUAAUGGGGACAUUUGAAAGGGAUAAGAGAAAGCCUCUUUUUGCUUUCCAAGUCCAGGGAGCAGAGGCAAGAAUGAAGAUGAAUAAAAGCCUCCAAACCAAACCCUUUUUUUUAUCCCAAAAUCCAGCGUGACCAUUCCUGCAUAUAAAGCAGACUAUAAGCAGGGACAUUUGCAAGCCAAACAGCCUUUCCCCGUCACAAGGACUAUUGAACUGCCAGAGCGUACCUUCCAGUGGAGACAGAAACAUUGAGUUAAGACUGGCAAACACUUUUAGCCCUCACCUUUUAUCCUGAAAGAAUAUAUUUUUAUUUUCCUCAAAAUGCAAGAAACACAAUUACUUUGUCCUUAGGCUACUGUGUUGAAGUGCCUCCACAGUGUUUCUGAUUGUAAAACCACGCUCAUGAUCUGUAUUUGUUUUUAAGCCCCUUUGGAGCAGCUGCAUGCAUCACAAGGUGUUUUGGAUUCAGACUUGAACUUUGCUAAUUUUAUAUGUGCAAUAUGUACUUUUGGUGUAACAAGUCCUGUUAGUAUGGUGAGUUUAAAAAAACAAAAAAACAAAAACAAUAAAUUCAGUAUUUUUGCUUUGGCCAAAACUUAAUACUGUCAUAAAUAAAAUAAGCUGAAGAAAAUCCUAGUUGCUUUUCUGAAAUGUAAAAUUUACUGUAUUUGGUUAUUGCGUGUAACAUCUGCUUCCUGUGAAGCCAAAUUAGUUCUGGUCUUUAUCAACACCUGCAAGACUUUGGCAUGGAGUGCCUAUUUUCACAUAUAAAAUUCAAAUUUAGCUUCUGUGUUUCGGGCAAAAAUUAUUUAUUUUCCUAAGAUGCGUCUGAAAGUGGUCAUGCACUAAAAUAAUUUAUUCCUGUUUUGAUGUAUUCUUUUGUAUCCUAACGGUUAAAGACAUGAGUCAAUAACACACACUUUAUUUUGUAAAAAGCCAGUUUGGUAUUGUAAUUGAUCAAGUAAAAAACAGAUAACAGGGAGAACUUCACAAUUUAAGUCUGUUAAACUGAUGGCAGCUGUAAAAACAUUAAAGGCAAAAUAAUCAUACUGUAUAUAAAAUUGAAUAUUUCUCCUACUGAGCUUGAGUUGAAUUUAGUGAAUAA